AGCAAAAAUUAUUUCGUACAAAUAAAGCUGCAAAUUAAAUUGCCAAAUUUAGUUCUGCUAGUUGGUUUCUCUGGAAGCACCUACUGUGUCGGAUGCUGAGCACCAGAUUAUAUAACAAGUGUGGGUUUGUUUCACUAAAACACGGUAAAAUAGUUGAAUCUCGAGAAGAAAAACUAUUUUCACGCAAGAUUUGCUACCGACGAACGAAACAGCAAGUGCUCGUCAGAUAGGAUUUUUUUCCGAUGGAAGUUCAAGCGGAGGACGCUUCUACGAAUGGCGUCGAAAACAGUGCACAUCUUACUGCUAAAUGCGGGAAGAAGAAAGUUAAGAGGAAAAACAAAUCUAAAAAUAUCGGCACAAGUUCAAGUCAGGAGAUAUUACCUGGACGAGAGCAUAACGCAAAUGCGGAUGUGGCCACGUCCCCUUGUGGGAAACUUAAUGGUAUUUCCGAAAGUGAUUUAUGCGAGAAUUCAGUAGAUGCAGUGAGUGAGAAACUGGAACAAGGACUAAAGUUGAAAGGCCAAAAUGGUAUAAUAAAUGGAACUGUCUCUAGUACUGAUGAACACCAAACGGAAGGUAAACCUAAGAAUCCAACUGCUAAGAAAAGGCACAGAAACCGCCAAAAGUCGAAGUGCCAACCGCCGCUCGUAACUGCCGGUGAGCAUUCAACUGAUACUGCACAGACAAAGGUUGAAGUUAAUGCUACUAACCCAAAAAGUGAGAACCUGUCUGUCACUUCAACUCCGACGGUUCCAGUGAAAGAAAUUCCGUUGGUGGAAGAACCACCGAAGCCUGAAAUCAUGUAUCAGGUAUACGAAUCGGAACUUCAAAUGCCAAGCAUUAUGUCCUUAAUUCAAAAGGAUCUGUCAGAACCCUAUUCGAUAUACACCUAUCGGUAUUUCAUCCAUAAUUGGCCUCGAUUAUGUUUUCUGGCGCUCCAUCAAGACCGAUGCGUCGGAGCCAUUGUAUGUAAAUUGGACAUUCAUCGGCAAAACAUUCGCCGAGGAUAUAUUGCGAUGCUAGCCGUCGAUAAAGAUUACCGAAAGCUGAAAAUUGGAACCACGUUGGUGCAGAAGGCUAUUCAGGCAAUGCUGGAUGACAGUGCCGAUGAGGUUGUGUUGGAAACCGAGAUAACUAAUCGGCCUGCCCUACGACUGUAUGAAAAUUUGGGAUUUGUUCGGGAUAAACGGCUUUUUCACUACUAUCUCAAUGGGGUGGAUGCUUUAAGGUUGAAACUGUGGUUCAGAUGAAUCGAUUAAACUCAUUUGCUAAGCAGAAUAUGCGAUAAACACGGCUAUUUUCUCCUCACAUCGGCGUGUUUGAGCAUGUACUAGAGAAUGGAUUUCCUUUGAAUAUAAUUUCAACGUCCUCCGUUGAUGUAGGUAUUGUUUUUCUCAAAAACCCGUCUGUUUGAAAAAAAAAGUCCAACGUUUUAUUUUGACAUCAAAGUCCAAAUGAUGAGAAUAUAUUAGUCGCGGAAAUCUCAUCUUUGGUUUUAUUGUGAUUCGGGACUAAUACCAAGAAAAUGGCAAUUUAGAAAUUAUAUCUAGAGAAUAGCAGAAAAGUCGAUACUAUGAUAACGUGGUUAAUAUACAACAUCUGACCGGACAAAAGAUGACGGUAAGCCUGACAGUAUCGCGCAUCUACGGUUGGCGUAUCAGGCAUUGUAAGGCUGAUAUUUAAAAAACAAAAAAACUUUCUAGCAGAUAGACACAUGUGACUCGUCUAACUGCCCAUAAAGGCAUAUCAGCUCUACGGUUGACGGGAUAUACUAAUUGUACGGGACAGCUAUGUGUUCAUGGGUGGUAAAAGAAAAGAAAAAAUAAUCAACCUACUAAAUUUAACCAAUAAUAGACGUACUAUAACCAACCAAUUUGUACUGUCAGAAUAAGCGAGAGCAUCAGUAAGUACUACUAUUUCAAGGAUUUGUACGUGUAUAAAAUCACAUUAAAGAUUAUUAUUUAUUUAAAAAGUCAUGACACACAGAAAUGAAGCAAACAAACAGCACAUAUGAAACAAAAUUUCACCUAGCUAUUGAUUUCAGUUUCUCGGGCGUUUCGGUAGCGUACGAUACGGUUUUUAACGAAAUCAUGUGUGUUCCUUCGAAAUCAUAAAUAUUAAAUUUUAGUUAGACAUGUUUGUUCAUUUGUACAGUAUGGUCAAUAUGUAAAUAAAGUUA